AUGGAGAUGGAGGUCGUCGAGGCCAUGCCGCAACCGCAAGCGCUGCCGUGGGCUAGGACGGCCACCGCCGGCAGCCUCGGCCUUCGCAUCGGGCAGCUCAUGUGCGCCCUUGCCGCGCUUGCCACCACGGCCACCACCGGCGCUUUCUCCUCGCACCCUGCUCUCUGUUUCCUCGCUGCAACAUCUACGUUGCAAUGCGUCUGGACGGUGCCGCUGGCGCUUCUGAACGUUUACACGCUGCUGUCAGGCCAAUGGCCUCUAGAGAACCACCACUGGAUCGCCGGAAUUGCUGCGAUCACCGGCGACCGAGUCGCCGCAGCACUGAGCUUCUUCGCGGCAUCUGCAGCCUCCGGCGUGGCCACGAUGGUCGGCGGCGAUCUCAAGCUAUGCGCAGCGCUGCCCUGCGCGGGGUUCAGAGCCGCCGCGGGGAUGGGUUUCGCCAGCUGCAUCGCCAUGCUGCCGACCUUGCUGUUCAACUGGCUCAUCAACAAUGCAGGAAAUCAGCAUUGA